UGGUCUGAAGAGUUUCAAUGCGAAAUCGUGGACGGUGUACUGGCACCCACGCCGAUUUCUUAUAGCUACACUCCAUUGGCUUAUAAUCAGCAACAAGGAUUCCAAAGUGGCGAAUCUUCAAGCAACAAAACACGCAAUAAACGCAAGAACGAAGGAGACGAGUCAUUGUCUUUUCGGCUUUUCAAGUUAAUGAAUGGGGCCGAAGAAUACCUCAUCGAAGUCCAUGAGGUGACAACGGGUAUAACUAGUCGAUCACAUAUACGAGUGAUCAAACAAGAAGGCGCAUGGCGUAUGACUUCAACCGGAAGUGAUGACCUAGGAAACCAUAUGGUGCAACCGUGGUCGGAGGAUCCAAACCCUCCUUUAUUCGUCAAGACUUCGGAGGCCUCACUCCAAGAGCGUCUAACCGGUUGGACGCUUGAGAAAAGGCAAAGAUCUAAUGGAAAAUAUGAUAUGUUCUAUUAUCACCGGCGAAAACAAUACAGAUCCUUUUACGAGAUGGCGACAUUCAUACUAUACGCGAACAAGAGGCCGGAGGAUCUACAACUUACGAACAAUAAUGCCGACUAUCUAUCUAUCCUAGUUGGUUGUAAU